UCCCCCAGAGCGAAGGCAAAGCGAACACACAAACCCAAACCCACCCACCUCUCCUCUCAAGCCUUCGUCUGCCACCGACGCGACCCAAAAACCCCAAGCCCCCAACCCUAGCGAGUACUGAAAGAGGAGGAGGCGGCGGCAACCCCGUCGGCCGGAGGGGAGAUGGUGUUCUUCGCGCUGCUCGUGGGGGCAGAGCUCGACGGCCUCACCAACCUGCAGCCCCGCGGCGGCUGCGACGACCCCGGCUACCCUUACUACUUCAAGCUGCGGUGCGAGAGCUGCGGGGAGACAAGCGCCAAGACCACCUGCGUCUCCCUCGACGAGGUCGUCCAACUGCCCACCGGCAAAGGCACCGCCAAUCUCCUCCAGAAGUGCAAGUUAUGUUCGAGGGAGGGAUCAGUUGUGAUGAUUCCUGGGCAGGGAACACCACUGACUGCUGAGCAGAGCCAGAAAGGAGAGAUGACUUGUUUGAUGGUCUUUGAAUGCAGAGGCUAUGAACCUAUUGAGUUCGCUUUUGGUAAUGGCUGGAAGGCUGAAUCUGUACAUGGGACACCAUUUGACAUUGAUCUUUCCGAAGGAGAGUUUGAUGAGUAUGAUGAGAAGGGAGAGUGCCCUGUUGCUCUAUCCAAGCUGCAGUCAACAUUCAAAGUGGUGAAGAAGCAGGGUUUUCAUGGGAAGACCAGAUAUGUCUAAGAUCCAGUUUCUCUUGGGCUCUUCAAGCAUUGGAGUCAGAGAUGUAUAAAGCGCAUCUACAAGGUCGAAUCCUCGAUGUUGAUUUUGUAUUCGAACUAAGUUCGUGCCCAUGAUUAGGUGGAUUUGCCAUGAAUUUGGUUAAGCUUGCAGUGAUGUGGCCUCCUGUUUGGAAAAAAAUGAAUAUUCUGCCUAUCAGUGGUUUCAAACUUAGAUCUAUGGCUCUACCAUAUCAAUCAUAAAAUUAUGCCAUUCUAGAUUUUGCCGA